UGAUGGUUACAAGAUGGCGGCGCUGAAGGAGGCUCGGAGCUACGGGCUGUCGUGCGGGCGCGUGAGCGAGGGCAGCAGGGUGUCGGUGUUCCACGUGAAGCUCACCGACAGUGCCUUGAAGGCUUUCGAGAGCUACCGGGCCCACCAGGAUUCUGUGUCACUGAGACCAUCCAUCCGAUUUGAAGGAAGCCAAGGACACAUCUCCAUACCCCAGCCUGACUGCCCUGACGAGGUACGGGCCUUCUCCUUCUACCUCUCCAACAUUGGCCGAGAUAGCCCUCAGGGCAGCUUUGAUUGCAUCCAGCAGUAUGUCUCCAGCCACGGGGAUGUACACCUGGACUGUCUGGGCAGCAUCCGGGAUAAGGUCACUGUGUGCGCCACCGAUGACUCCUAUCAGAAAGCCCGGCAGAGCAUGGCGCAGGCGGAGGAGGAGACUCGGAGCCGAAGUGCCAUUGUCAUCAAGGCUGGAGGCCGCUACAUGGGCAAAAAGGUUCAGUUCCGGAAGCCAGCGCCAGGGGCAGCCGAUGCGGUGCCCUCCCGGAAGCGGGCCACCCCCAUCAACCUGGCAAGUGCCAUCAGAAAGAGUGGUGGGAGCGGAGCCAACAGUGUGGUACAAAGGCCCUUCCAAGACCGGGUACUGCACCUCCUGGCCCUGAGGCCCUACAGGAAGGCUGAGCUGCUACUGCGGCUACAGAAGGAUGGGCUGACACAGGCGGACAAGGACACCCUGGACAGCCUGCUGCAGCAGGUGGCCAGUGUAAACCCCAAAGACGGCACGUGCACGCUGAGGGACUGCAUGUACAAAGAUGUACAGAAGGACUGGCCUGGCUACUCGGAGGGUGACCAGCAGCUGCUGAAGCGAGUGCUCACGCGGAAGCUGUGCCAGCCGCAGAGUGCCAUCUCCGACGCCACUGCCUCCAGCCCACCCCAGGAGCAUGGGCGCUCAGCCUCACCCUCUCAGAAACGGCCACAGUCCACAGACUUCAUUGACCCCCUGGCCAGCAAGAAGCCCCGGAUCUCGCACUUCACACAGCGAGCACAGCCCACCCUGAAUGGCAAACUGGGCACCCCCAAUGGCCACGAGACCAUGCUGCCCACCCUGAGGCCCACCCCCACGGACACCUUCAGUUCUAGCCAUCUGCCCCCACGGCUGGAGCCCCCACGGACCCACGACCCCCUGGCUGAUGUCAGUAAUGACCUAGGCCACAGUGCCCAGGACUACAAGCACCAGGAGACCACGCCAGCCCCAGCCUCUCACCUCAGCCUGCCCUUGCUGACGGACUUCACCCAGCCUGAGCGGCCUGCCGGCUCCUCACACAGUCAUAGCCGACCCAAGAGGAAGUCCAAGAAGCACAGGGACAGAGAGCGGCCCCCUGAGGACAGGCCCCCCGAGGACAGGCCCCCCGCUCCACAGCCUGCUGCCCCUGCACUGCUCCCAGACACCCCAGGUCUGAAUGGAGCCUGUGCCAGUGUCCCCACGUCCACGUCAGAGACCCCGGACUAUUUGCUGAAAUACCCCGCCAUCUCCUCGUCAGAGCAGCGCCAGAGCUACAAGAAUGACUUCAAUGCCGAAUACAACGAGUACCGGAGCCUGCACGCGCGCAUCGAGCAGAUCACGCGCAGGUUCACACAGCUCGAUGAGCAGCUCAGGCAGCUGAGCCAGGGCUCCGAGGAGUAUGAGACAACCCGUGGGCAGAUUCUUCAGGAAUACCGGAAAAUCAAAAAGACCAACACCAACUACAGCCGAGAGAAGCAGCGCUGUGAGUACCUGCACCGCAAGCUGGCCCACAUCAAGCGGCUCAUCGCAGACUACGACCAGCGGCGGCUGCAGGCCUGGCCCUAGCGCGCCGGUGGCAGGCCUGAUGGCUCCGCCUGCUUUUCUAGUUUUCUAUGAACUCGGCCCUUUGGCUGCCACAGAGACUGUCUAUUUUUGUACCUUUUCUACUCCGUGCCUCCUCCACGGCCCGUGCCUCCAGGGUUAGAGGCUCCAGGGAGAGUGGGCAGUGCCAGGCCCUGCCACCUGCAGAUCCCCGCUGGCAAGGUCACUGCAGCUCCCGGCUGUGCCUGAAGUCCUCCACGGUGGCCUCGGCAGCAUAUGGUCCUCAGCCCCCACACCUGCUCUUCGUGUCCCACGGAGGCUGCGUUGGGCUUGUGCUGCUGGCCUUGCUCCAUCCCUCCAUGCAUUGUGGGUCCUGGGGUCCUAUCUGCUAGGGUCUCGUGGCAGGGGGCUGAGGGUGGUGCCUUGCUCACCUUCUCCAGGGCGCAGGCCUGUGGCCUCCAAUUGCUGCUCUCACUGUGCCUCAUCUUCUCACACCCCAAAUCCUAGGGGCCAUUGGUUUGUGUGUGUGCGUGCAUGCGUGUGUGUGCGCGCGCGCGCGCGGGUUCUGAGCUGUGCACAUUCAGAAGGAAGCUAUGGGUGGGCAUGUACUGGGAGUUGCAGGGCCCCUGCACCCACAGCUGCAGAGCAGGGAGAGCAGAAACUCAAACACAGAUGUCUAUUUUUCUAAACCUUGGGGGUGUCUUUGGAUGGCUUCCAAAGAGCCUGGCUACCAGGAGGCACCUGCCUGGUCCAGUCCUACCCUACUCAGCUCUUUGCUUUUCUCUGGGACCCCUGGGGCCCUCAGACCCUAUCAGAAACCAGCCCUUCAGGUUUAAAGAACUGUUAGUUUCUAAAUGGGGCAGGGCUCUGGGGGGACCCAGCCCAGGGCACCCCUCUCCUGCCCUGGGAACUCCACCCAGGGACUAUCAGUUGAAUUGGUCUGUUUUGUUGUUCUGUUGUCUUGAGAUUUAUGAAGGGGAGGGCAGGGCCAGGCUCUAGGGCUGUGGGUGCUGGCAGGUUAGAGAUGUCUAACUUAUUGGUGGUCUCCACCUUUGGACUGUACAGUGGAUAGUCUACUUUGAGCCAUGGAGUUGGUGUUUACAGUCUUCACUUUUGCCAAAACGUUACAAUUGACAGAGAGGCGGUGCCUCCUGGGGACCCUUUCUCCGAACCUGUCUUUUGUACACUAAGCAGGUGAACCGCCGACUUUUAAAGUCUAUAAUAAAUUUGAUGGAGCCGAA